AUGUUCAGUUCCCCAUUCAAGUCGUGGAAUCGACAACACACGCAGCAGGAGGACUCAGAGAUGAGAAAAGACGGGGAGAAGUUGUUUGAAGAGAGUAACAACACGAACAACACGAACAACAACAACAACGCGGUGACGUACAAGGCGCGGUUGAUGACGUUUUUCGGUCGACGGAAGAAGAAAACUACGACGACGGUUCCUCCGAAGAAGAACGAGAAAGAUGAUACUAAUGGAAAAACAACUCGGGGGGGGAACAGGGGGAACAACGACAAAGAGAACGACGGGGUUGGUAGGAGUCUCAUAAACGAGAAAGAAAGAACAAAAACGACGACGCAAUCCACAGAGCAGCAGCAGGAAGCGGUCAAGAAACCGAUGCAACAAAAGCGCGCGCAAAAGUUGAAGGACAACGUCCAAAAGUCAAAGGAAGAGAACGCCGCGAACGCACGUUUGCGAGAACAGAGAGAUUACUUUGACAAAAUCGAUAAAAUGUCGAGUUUGCAAAGCGAGAGCGAGUGUUCGCCUCUGCCGGCGCACCGCGGGACGAUGCAAAAUAACGCGGGACGAAACAUGGAGCUGUCACCGCUCGGCGUGAUUAAAGCAGUUGGUGGAUUAGAGUUUGACGGCGUGGAUGCAAAGAAGGCGAUAAAAGAAACGCGCAUGGAACAACAACAACAACAACAAGCGAAAGACGAAGAAAAAGAAGAAGAGCAGGAAGAAGAGUUUUCGUUCCCGACGCCGCAGCAACAACCGCACUUUUUGCUCGGAAACAACGCGACGCCAUCGCCGGCUUCGCAAGACAGACGAACGGCAGAGUGGUUAGCUUCCUCGCAAUUACCGGCAGUCUCGGAACACGCGCUUUUAGAAAGCGUGAGAAACUUAACUUUAGAGGAGAAGAUCGACGAAGAGUGCGAAGACGAAAAGGAAGCGCCGUCGUCUUCCUCGUCGCCAUCUUCGAUAAGGGAGACAGAAUCCAUCGCGCAAACAAAAUCGCAGUCGUACAAGUCUCCGUUUAACAAAUCAACUCGUUCGUCGCGACGAAGAACGUCCUCGGUGCACUCGUACCAUUCGAUUCACGACUAUAAACCAGUCUUGGCGACGAAGAACGCGCAUCGCGUGAGCGAAGGAAGUUUGCCAAAGGAACAAAGACGCUCAUCGCUUGGCGGCACGAUACGAAAAUCUAUAGUUGGUCUCCAAGCUACGGUCGCGAAUGCAGAUAUACAGUCACCACUCGUCGAAAUCGAGAACGAAGAAGAAGAAGAAGAAGAAGAAGAGGAGAAAGAAGAGGCUGCAGUUGAAGAGACUGAGGAAAAAUUCCUCACGAAAGAGGAAUCGAGUGAGCUCGGACCACUCGAGGCGCUUCUCAAGGAAUGCGAGCAAUCGCCAGAAAACGUCAAGACCGUCUCAGAUGAAAUUAAGAAAGCGAAAGAUCCAAACUCGAAGAAAAAUUCGCUCACGAUCGAGAAAAUUGGAGAAGGAACGUACGGCGAGGCAUACAUGUGCGACAAUGUCGUUUUGAAAGUUGUGCCCAUUAGCGACGAGAAGAAGGAGACUAGUGCAAACACGAAAAGAGGUAAAGAAAACGUCGAAAACGGCGCAGAAGAGAAAGAAGGAGAAGAGGAAUACCCCCAAAUGGUCGCUUCGGAGAUCAGAGCGGAAGUUGCAGUCGCAAAACGCUUGACGAAGUUACAGCCGCACCUCGUCGCGCCAAAGGCGAAAAACGUCACGGACGGCUUCGUCCCGCUCGACCGCGUCGCCAUUUGCAAGGGGCCAUACGAUAAAUUACUCCUCAAAGCGUGGGAAUCCUUCGAUUUCCGCAAAGUUUCCGAAAACGAAAACCCGUCCAUGUGGCCAAAAGAUCAGCUCUACGUCGUCUUUAGCACCAGAAACGGUGGCAUCGACUUGGAAAAUUUUAACCUUCAUGAUUGCAAAGAAGCGUUUUCAGUACUUUUGCAAAUCACCGUGGCUUUAGCCGUCGCCGAAGAGGCUUGCGGCUUCGAACACAGAGAUUUGCACUGGGGUAAUGUGCUCUGCAAACGUGAUAAGGUUGAUUUGGAGAACGACAGCACGAGAAAAGCGCGAUUAAACGGCGUCGACGUGACUUUAGACACGUACGGCGUGACUGCCUCGAUUAUCGAUUUCACGCUUUCGAGAGUUGAAAUCAAAGACGAGUCUGAUGUCGUCUUUUGCGAUUUGAGUUUAGAUCCGGAGUUGUUUGAAGGUCCGGAGGACGACGCGCAAAGCGAAACGUACCGCAGAAUGCGGAAAGCGUUGAACAACCAGUGGGGCGCCAGUUGCCCGCAAACCAACGCCUUUUGGUUGCACUAUUUAGCAGACACGCUCUUGACGAAGAAAGAGUUCAAGAUGAGCCCAAAUCAAAAGCAAUCGCUCGGAAAGUUCCGAAUGAACUGUUUGCAGUACGAGUGCGCCGCAGACGCGAUUUGGGAUCCGCUCUUUGCUGGAAUGUGGUCCAGCGGAAGGAAAUAA